AGAGGCCUGGAAUCGGGGGGGAAUAAUAAUUCGUGGAGGCGUGAACUGACUCCCACUUUCAUAUGAAUAUUUCUUCAUUGCCAUUCAACACUUCCAUCGCUGCCAAACAUGAGAACUUCAUAUUAUCAUUCCAGGUGAUAGACCACCUGUCUGCAAUCCACACACUCGUUCAUUCUUGGAGCUAAUCGCGGCUUUGAUGGAUUCCACUCGAGAGGCAAACACAACCGGCAGCCAAAGCCAUGAUAGAAUAGAUUUCCCUGCUAGCGACCCUCUCGACAAUGGCUCCGCGGGUGCAGACGAUUCUGAGGAUGAGGUCCAAACUACCCUAUCGCAGAAGAUGGUCUCCGCCCUCUCUGGAAGCAUCCUCACAUCCCUCCUCGUCACUCCUUUAGACGUCGUUCGCGUCCGCCUACAAUCACAACCGACCCCCUCACGACCUACCCGCCCUCCCCGAACCUUCGCAUCCUCCAAUGCCUUCCAUAACCUCCCCUCAAACAUCGGCAUAUCCGCCUGCUGUCGAGAGGUCUUCUGGGUCAACAACAACGCCCCAUACUGCGUCGCGGGAUCGAACAUGGCACUUCUAAACACCCCCGCCGCCAUCCCUCGAUUGCCCGCGAACUGUGCCGCCGAAGAAAUCCAGCGAAAGACCAUCACCUCCACAUUGGACGGCCUGCGCAAGAUCGCCCGGAACGAGGGGCCGAGAACCUUAUGGCGAGGGUUAACCCCCACCCUCAUCAUGGCCGUCCCGGCCAAUGUCAUCUAUUUUUCAGGCUACGACUGGUUGCGGUACAAUCGAAAGUCCCCGGUCCGGCGGGUGGGAGUGAGCGACCAAUACGCACCCUUAGUCGCCGGCAGCUCGGCUCGCGUUCUAGCAGCGAUGGCCGUCAGUCCGAUCGAGAUGUUUCGGACACGAAUGCAGGCUUCUCAUUCAUCGAACUCCGCGACAGGCGUGGUCAAGGAGACCUUCCAAGGCCUGAAAGAAAUGGUCGCCGUCCAAGGCCCCUUCAGCCUCUGGCGCGGCCUCACCCUCACCCUCUGGCGGGACGCGCCCUUCUCCGCGCUUUACUGGUGGGGCUACGAAGCCGGCCGCAACAUCCUGACUGACAUGCGGACACGCCGGUCGGGGGUACCCCCCCCCACGAAAGCGACCAGCCCCGAGGCGUUCGCACGGCGGCGACAUAAUAUGAACAAGGAGAACCACACGAACACGCUGAUCGACAGCUUCCUCGCGGGCGCGGCGUCCGGCGGGGUCGCGUCGAUUGUCACCCAGCCGUUCGACGUGGGGAAGACGCGGCAGCAGGUGUUCCAGCACGCGGUGGGCGGGGAGGGGGCGGCGGGCACGCGGCGGGCGCUGGUGCCCGAAGAGCAGUCGAUGCCACGGUUUCUGCUGCAUAUCUUCCGGGAGCAGGGGAUGGCGGGGCUGUUUAAGGGGUGGGCGGCGCGGUGCUUGAAGGUGGCGCCGGCGUGUGCGAUCAUGAUUAGCACGUAUGAGAUUGGGAAGAAGAUGGCGACGGAGAUGAACGAGAGGAAGGAGGGGAAUGGGGUGUGAUUAGGUGCUGGUUCGGGAUAAGGCGUUGGUCGAAAGCGUACAUGCAUUCUGGGAAGGUCUCUCUACACAGCGUCUAAGUGUUUGGACUGUUCAUGUUAAUAGAAAGUGGGGUACAAUGAGAAAAUAUGUGUAAUUGACGAAACCAUGGAGUGGUCUCGAUGGGCAUUAGCUGAUUCCCUGUCUAUCUGUUUGUUUUGUGGAUCUGUAAUCAUCCACUGGAUGGCGGAUUUCCUGUCCAGCAUCACAAUCAGGGUGCUAUGAGUUUUAUGUUAGGCCGGCCAAUGUAUCUGUCGAUGUUCUCUACGUGACAGGAUUAGAUCUAACAUGGGGGCCGGUACAACAUCUACACUGUUGUGGACUCGCCUAGAUUAAGGAAUGCUCUUCACCUAAGACCUGAACAUAGGCCACAUGAGAGUAUCAAUAAUAAUUACUAUUCGAGC